UUCCUUGGUGCUAUGCAGAAGCUGAUUGUGUGUAAGGAUAAUUCAUAUGAGUUACUAAAUCUCCAAUUAAAACCCCAAAAGAUGAUUAAAGUCAUUGAUAUCUGCAAUAAUAUCCCAGUUUAUUUGCAUCUCCAACAAAUGAUCAUGAAUAAAUCAUAAAUGUUCAAUAUGUAGGCCAGCUGACUAGGAAUUGAAUUGCAGUGAUGUAAUGGCCUUUAAAUAAUUGAUAUGUGGAGAAAAGUAAAAGGGGCUGCACUUUGGAGGAGAAGAAAAUCGAUGAGAAAAGGAGCACUAAUGAGAAAGAAAGAUGUACAGACGGAGAAGAGAGACGGAGAGAGAGAGAGAGGGACGGAGACAGAGGAGAGAAUCACAAGAGACAGGCGGCCCGGCAGAAGGGAACCCCACCCAGGCCUGUUUCCUCCCUGUCUGCUCAGGCCUGUGAUAAGCAGCUGAAGAGGAAGUCAAGUAUUAUUUCAUCAGGACAUGUGAGGGAGGAUCAUCAUCUCUAUUUGCUGAGGAUGAGUCUGUGAAGCGCCAGUGUCAGUGUGAGGAAGAUGCUGUCAGUGGGUCAAGCCACAAACCGUCUCCGUUCGAUGACCCCACAGCCAACUGACAGGCCAAAAGAGCACCAAUAAUAACGCUGAUGGUCGAUUUUUGACUUCACAUCUUCCACAAUUUGUAUCCGACUCCUGAACAUUUCAGACAGAGCAGAGGGAUUUUUACUGUUUUGUAGCCCCAAGUGUGUGGAUCUGGCCAAGUAUCUGUUUGCCGCCCAUAUUGGCUUGAUUAAGAGAGUCUCAAGCUGCUGCCAGUCUUGUUUAGCUCGGGCAUGAUGCCCCUGUAGCUUUCCCCAAGUGGUAGAGAUUCACUAUUGGAAAAGGAAAAGUGUGUAACCCUGGACAAAGGCCCUAUCUUGAGGCGGGGAGCAGGACUUGGCUUCAGACAGCAGUUUGUGACGCCUGUAGGCUGCUUGGAUCUCCUUCACCAAUUCUUAGCUCAUCAAAGUACCUAAUAGUCUAGUUUGCUUUGUUGGACAUGUGGAUCCUGCUAAUGGGGUUUCUGCCCCCGUCUUGGAAAAAUAUCUAGUUGUGAGAUUUACAGCUCAGGGGUGGACCCAGCCAUGGAGGGUCUUGAGCAACUUGACAUGGUGGGCGAUAUCAGCCCGGCCUUGGAGGCUACUGAGGAUUUUAUCCACUGCAUGGAUACACAAGGCCAAGGUCCAAGCCAGGUUCAAAAAGGGAACGUCCAGCCUCCCAGGCAGCCCAAGCAGCUGCAGGAGGUGUCCACUGUGGCGCUGGGGAAGCUCAGCUCCAGCGGCGUGUGGGGCCUACUGGCCGGAGAGCAGCCAGAGGUGGGCCCCUUAGGCCUGGCGUGGGCUGACAACUUCAGUGUGUUAGGGCUUGGGAUGGGCUUGAGGCACGGCAAGAGAAGCCGGGCGCGCUCCACCAACGACCUGGCAGCCCAAUCCAAGGAGUGUACCAACAACACCGCCAACUCCUCGUCCAAAUCCGCCUUUAAGAAGGGACACAACCGGUCCAGAUCUGACUUCAACUACCGGCCGUCUGCCUACACGGACAAUGGCCUGCCCACCGUGGACUGUAGCACAAUGAAGAACAUGAUCCUCAACCACCAGCAAGAAGCUGAUAAAAGCAGCAUUAGCAGUAGCAGUGUUGUGAAGCAGGGUCACAUGGAGCAGCGUGAGGGGCCCCGGGGCCGCUGGACACCGUGUCAUGUCGAGCUGACACCCUGCGAGCUCCGGUUGUACAUUCUGGACAGCAGUGCCAACCGCCAGCUGGGCACUGCCUACUCUCUGUCGCACUGCCAGAGCGUCAUCUCACCAGCACCCUGCAGUCAGCCUGGCCAAAUCAGCCAGCCUGCCGAUCAACGCACGCUGCAAGCUUUGUUCUUCAACAGCACUCGUCUCCAGCUGAAGGCGGCUAGCCAAUGGGAGGCCAUGGAGUGGAGAAGGCUGAUAUGGGAGAAGGUGCAGGCAGCCAGACCUGCGAGGCAGGAGAACCGGCAGUGCAAGACCGCAGUGGAAAAUCAACAGGUCGUCAAGUUUUCCACACCCAUGUCACCGUCCUCAUCCCCCUCUCCGUCUGGGCUUGACACCAGGCCUGAUGGUGAGAGCGACACCCCCACCUCAGCAGAGGCCUCGCUCUCUCUUCAAUCUAAUUCUGGCAUCGUGAGCAGACCCACCACCCUUCCUCUGUUUACCAAACCCUGCCAGGACGUCCUCAAAGCUGGUCUUCUCCACCAGCUGAUGGACCAGAACAACUGGCGGACCUUCACCUUCGUCCUGACCAGAUCUGCUUUCCAAGCCUUCCCCACUGAGGGCCGAGGGUCUGUGUCCCAGCCCGUCCUCCAGCACUCCCUGGCAUCUUGCUUGGCUGUGCAGCAUGAUCAGGAACCAGAGAACGGGCAGCCGUGGACAGAUAGAAGGGAACAUUUCCAGGUAGUUUUCCCCAAAGACGUGCUCCGACUUUGGGCUGAUGAUCAACUUAAGGCCCAGGAAUGGGUGGAGAUGCUGCGAGAGGCAGUGGCGGCACAGAGGCCUGCACCACAAGAAGGUGUAGAAUCGGGGGAAGGAGCUCCAGGCCUCCAGGGAGUGUUGUUAAGAUCAAAACCGUCUCGUGAGAGGAGGCAGCGGGAGGCCCAGAGAGCCAAGAGGCAGUCAGUCACCACCAGUUUCCUCAGUAUCCUCACCUGUCUGGCUGUGGAGAAGGGACUCACUGCUCAGAGCUUCAGAUGUGCAGGUUGUCAGCGUCCAGUCGGCCUGUCCAGAGGAAAGGCAAAGGUGUGCUGCUACAGCGGCUGGUACUACUGCCAGAGCUGCCAUCAGGACAACUCCUUCCUCAUCCCAGCUCGCCUGCUGCACAACUGGGACACCAGCAAGCACAAGGUUUCUAAACAGGCCAAAGAAUUCCUGGAGUUUGUGUAUGAGGAGCCUCUGCUUGACAUCCAGCAGCUCAACCCUUGUCUGUAUGAGCACUGUGAGCCUCUCAGCACUGUGCUACGUCUCCGGCAGCAGCUACAGUCGCUGCGGGCCUACCUGUUCAGCUGCCGGGCAACCAUUGCCGAGGACCUCCGACGACGGAUCUUUCCCAGAGAAUAUCUGCUACAGCACAUUCACCUGUACUCCAUGGCUGACCUGCAGCAGGUGAUUGAUGGAAAACUGGCUCCCUUCCUGUCUAAGGUGAUCAAGUUUGCCAGCUCCCAUGUUUUCAGCUGCAGUUUGUGUCGAGAGAAGGGCUUCAUCUGCGAGCUCUGCCAAAACGUACAGGUCAUCUACCCCUUCCAGGAGAACGCCACCAAGAGAUGCGACGGCUGCGGUGCCGUUUUCCACACCGAGUGUCGACAGAAAGCUCAGCCGUGUCCCCGCUGCGUUCGGCGAGAGCUGCACCACAAGAGGCCGUCCUCCUUCUGGUCGCCUGAUGACGACAGCCCUGGGUGUUUUCACGUGCCUUACCAAGACACCUGAGACACACACACACACACACACACAUACACACACAAAAGCGGUAUCAAUGGGCGCUGCUGGGCCAUGACACCGGGACAAAGUCUCUGUGUUUGUGUGUUUCCAGGACAGUUUUGGUCAGAGGAUGAGCUCUGAGAAUCUGCUUUCGUCGUCAGGUUUGUGUUCAUGUGUGUUUACCUGUCAACACACACCUGAGAGGAGCCCGCCUCGCUCCUCUGUAAAGAGCAGGGACAUAACCAACUGAAGAACUGCUGCACCAGGCUUCACACACUGAGCUACUCGUGUUUUGUCGUUGAAAGUCUUCACAAAGGUCAACGUCAUCCUCCACCAUCGUCGUCCCUUCACCUCACCCAAGACCUUCCACUUAUUUUUUUAUUCCAGGGGUCAAAAUGUGUAAAAUCACAGCAGGUAAACUGGAGAAUCUCAAACUGAGGGUUGAAACGUUCUGGUGGUUUAUUCUAAACAGCAUCUUCCACUUGCUCAUAAAGUCACACUUAAGUUUUAGAAUGUGGUGAAACAUUUUCUGGUUCCAGCUUCAGGUGUAGAAGCUUUGCUGCCUUUUGUUUUGGGCUGUUGGUCAGAAAAAAGAAAAUAAAUAUAAAUGUCUCUCUCCUUGACCUCUGGGAGGAAGUGAUGUUUAUUUUUGUCUUUGUUUACAGACUCAAUUAUUACUUGAAGAAAAAAACUGAUGAAUCUGUAAAGGAAAAAUAAUCGUUAGUUGCAGCCCUGCUCACAUUGAAGUGAUGGUCCACCUGAAACUUUUUCAAAAACUGUAGCUUUAAAAAGUGGCUGUAAAAUAUUUGCAGGGAAACAGCAGCUGAUGUCGACUCGGAUUCUUGUCACUUAUGACAAUGGAAUGAAACAUUAAAGGGAAUGUUCACAUUUGUUCAAGUCUUUUCAUUUACAAUUUACAGCUGAUUUCAAUUUAAGUGAUGAUGGAAAAAAAGUCACCAGCCUUUUUAUUCAAAAACACUUCCCACAGUUAAAGAUUCUUCAGCAGUGACAGUCAUAUCAAGUGGGUUCAUAUUCCCAAGUUUUUUGUUUUUUUUUGUGUAAAAUUCCAGUUUUGUGCUGCAUCUCAGUGAUGAAACAACGUAAAGGGAAACCAAAAAAAAAGGGAAUUUUGUAAAAGAAAAACAACAAACUUUUUGUUUUAUUCAGCCUGUUUUAAUACACAUUUUUAACUUGUGAAUAAAAAAACUAAAUGAACAGAAACUAGAAUACAGCUUGAUCAGCCACCUCUUAAUAUUCACAUAACUGUAGAGCAUAGACAGGUGGACAUGGACAUGGAAUCUGUUCAUGUCCUGUAUGAACAGGAGGAAUGAGGCAUGUGAGUGUUUAUAAGAGAGACUUGAAAACAUGUGAACGUACCCUGGAAUCAACAUUAACUUUCAAGCAAAAAUUUAGAUUUUCUUUGUAGUAUAUUACAGUAAAAUGUAUAUCUUUCAGUUGUGAACUGUUAUGCGACUAGGAAGCAAUUUGAAAAAGGUGAUGAGCAUUUCAACAGUUUUCUGAACUAUUAGAGACCAAGUGAUUUGUCUUCUUAUUAAGGAAAUUGUUCGAUAGUCAAAAUAACUGCUACAGUGAUGAUCAUUAUGCCAGAAUCAUGACAUCGUCCCCUUUUCUAUAACUAAAUCCUGUCAGACUAUGUGUUGCAGAAUCACUCUCAAAUACUUUACUCAGAUGUGGGAAAGUUCAUUAUGCUGCAAAGAUGGUGGUCAAACUUUUUCAACUUGAAAUCUGUUGUAAAGAACUAAAUGCAAACUGACGGCUGCUGCUGUUGGUAAAAAAGGAAAAAUAUGAGCACUCUCAUAAUAGUAAUAACUAUUUGUAUAGCACUUUUCAAUACAAUUGACAAUUGAUACAAUAUGAAAUUAACAAACAGAGUUAAGAUAAUAAAAGUCAUAGACAUCCUGCAUUGACGUUCAAACCUCUGAGGAGAUUCUUCGAUCAGAUCAGGGAUCAUUCAGGAUUCAAGCAGAACCAUUGUAUUUGGAUGUUUUAACUUAUACGUUUGAAUCGCUGUGAUUAUGUAUUGAAAUCGUUCUCUCUUCCUCUUUCAUAAUAUCUCAUCCUCUUCUCCCCAGACUUAAUAUCAGAGACAGUUAUUUAACCUGUAGAUGUGCAAUGAAGGACGUUUGUUAACUCCCUCAUUUUGACCAGUUUCUUUAUGUAAAUGUUCAAUGUAAGGAGAUUUUUAAUUUUAAGAAGACUCUCAGUCUGAGCACAUAUUCUUCUCUCUAGCUGUAAAAUACCAGAGGCAAUAAUCCACUGUAACUUCUCUCUCAUUGUUGCCUUCCCCUCCUCCUCCUCCUCCUCCUCCUCUCUUCCUCUGUGAUUCGUCCUCCUGUUGUGCUUUAUUCAUGCAGAAUCUAUCCAACGUGAUAGCAGCUUUAGCUUUUAGUAUUUCUAUGCAACCUAGAUGGCCUUUCUGACUCACUGCUUUCAUACGUGUAAAGGUCUGGAAACACUUGUUCACGUUUUCUUGAGUUCUUGAAACAGCUGCAUUUCCGUCCAAUUUUAAGACAAAACUUACUGAAGUUUUAAAGAUCUUAAGUGUUUUGAUAAGAUUCCUGAAAGACACAAAAACUAAACCACAAAAAUGUACUUUAAGUAUUACAGUCUAAUGUUUUUGAUAAUUAGUGUAUAUUUAGUUUUUAUUAUGUCUCAACAUUAAAAUGAAAUAUUAUCUUCUGAAGUUUUUCAUCCAAAAAUUUAAAAUUACCCCUAAAAAUGUCCAAUCUCUACGAUAAAAAUGUGUUGUGUCCUAAGUCAAAAAUGAAAAACCAUUGGAAAAGAGAGAAAUCUACGACUUUAUUAUUUUCAAAAUCACAAUUCUGCUCAUAGCAAAAGGUGGAUUUUUGCAUCAACCAAAACUUUCAAACAGAAGGAAAAUUUAUGUAAGAAUUUUUUUUCCAAUCAAAAAUUCUUUAGUCUUCGGCCUCAAUAUGAAAACUACAAACUUUUGGUACUUCAGCUUCAUUGCACAGUGUGAUUUCAUUAUGUUGUGUCCGAAGUCACUAAUCUGCUCCCAGCUAAACAUCGACCAGAAACUUUAUUUUUAAUUGCGGGCUUCAUAAAAUAUCUGUGAUUUUUAGCUUUAAAGUUUGAUGAUAUUCCGGAUGGAAAUGUAGCUGCUUCUUCCUCCUGCUAUUUGUUUUCUUUCAUUUCAGUGUUCAUUUUUUUCUCUUUCACUUCACUCUGAGGCUGAUAAUUUUUUUCAUCUUUUUGAGCAAUGAAACUCACUUUCUAAUGGAAUUCAUUUGUGAAUAAGCUGUUGUAAAAGUAAAUCAGCACCACACUGAGUUACAGGUUUAUGAGGAAAUGUGUAUUUCACUGAUCAGACCCAAACAGUUAUUCAUGUUAAUGAAGCAUGUAGGAAACUGUAGAUUGAAACGAAAUAACCCUGUAGUUUAACAUUUGGCAGGAAAAGUGCACUGAUGUGUUGAAUUUAAUGUGAUUUGUUUUUACCUUGGUUUGAAGCCUGCAGCCACGUCAGGUGAAGUGUUAUUAAGUUAUUGUUGCCUGCUGCAUAAAAGAAAGUAUUUUUGAUAUGUAUUUUUUAUUUGUUGCUGUAUUUGAUUUGUGUAAUAUGGAGGCCAACAGGUGUCAAGAUGUAUUUUAAUCUCAUUUCUUAUUUGUGCGCACAGAUUAGAGUUCUGCUCAGACCUGCUUCUGCCAAAUUUGAAACCCAAACUGUAAAGUUUUGUGUCAUUCAGUAUAAACUCCCACUGAAGCAGGCGAUUGGCCAGUCUGGAAAAAACAACAACCUCAAGUCUGAAGCUUUCCAAAACAAAGCAGCCACAUCGGUGGAUCUGGUUCAGUUUGCAGGACAAAACUAAGAGUUUAACUGUAAAAUAAGUUUAAGGGAAGGUAAACAGUAUUUAACUUUUAUAUGAAUUUCUCUUUAUACUCUCCAAAUGAAGCAGUUUACAUGAUGUGGAAACACUUGGUUACAAACUUGUGUGUUAAACCUCAUUUUAUUUUACUUCAGCAUUGUUGUUGUACUCUGACGAGAGCAGGAAUUUACUAAUUUGUGUGUACAAAUGACCACAAACAGACAUAACUGUGUAGUGCACCUUUCUGUAGCUACAGCGGUUCACUUCACUUUUAAAACUUAAAUGGAUUAAAUUGAUUCAUCUUAUUUGUUGAAUGCAGUGUGUGUCUGUCGAUCCAGACGACUUGAACGUGCAGGUUUGUGUUAAGUUAAAGUUUUUUGUACGUCUCUCUUAUGUCUUUCAUUUCCCUCUGUUUCAUAAAUGUGAUUGUGUUUGUUUUGUAUGAUAUGUUACAGCUGUUUUCAUUUUUCCAUGUUCAUUUCAUCAUGAGAACAGGACGGAACUGUUUAUGUUGCAGGCACAUUAUGAUCAUCGCAGUAUUUUUUACUUGAUGCUUGGAGAAGAAUAUAUUGUACAGUAUUUAAGCAGAGUAACUGGACUGAAACUCUUCUCUACUUUGCACAAUUUAAGUUAUUAUUCUUGUUUUUUAUAUCAUUGUUUCUUUUCAUUGCAGAAAAACUCUUAUGCAAGAACAGGGAGUCGAUUAUUUAAUUUAAUCUUCCUCUUGUCUGGUUUUGUUCAAAUUUGUUUGCUAUAGCCACUGAUGCCAAUAAAGACAAAGUUCGUAAAAGUGAA